AUGGCAGACAUAAAACGAGUAGCCACAAAUGGCAUAUCUUCCGAGCCCUCGAAUUUGGACGUCACAGUCGCCAAUGACGAGUUUCGGACGCCCACCGGCAGUAACGAUAAUUCCAAAGGUCAUCACGGAGAUUCCAUAGUCAUGAAUAUGGGACUCUUAAAAGAGAUCAAUAUUCUUCAACAGCGGCUUUUGGAGUUGGAAAAAGAAGCUCGACCAACAUUGGUUAAGAAUACUCUCGAGGCGGAAUGGGAACGCCGACGGAAAGCAGCGCUUAUGGCAGCAAACUCUUUACAAACAGAGAGUAUUUGGAGUCGAGAACGUGACGAGGAUUUCGCGUACAACGUUAAGCUUUUCAAAACGCGAAAGAGGUGGGAGAAGAAAUUCACACCAGGUGUCGAUUCAGACCAUGACAGUGACGAAUCUGACGCGGAUUCUGUAUCUGGAUCGAAGGCAGUCGAUAAAACUGUCGCUCAACGAGAUCUUCGGUAUCGCGCUUACCAGGCUGAACUAAAUCAAAUUACGUAUGAAUACGAGAGAAAACGUGAUCAAAGGGAGUUAAAAGCAGCAAGAAAGGGGGUCAGUCAAGGUCACAAAGAAAAUGAACAACAAGAUGAGGCAAAAGAACCGACGGAUAACGUAUCCCCGGAAACAAUGGCGAGGAUGGAGGAGGGGCUCGAACGGGAUGUACGAUCGGAGUUAAUCCGUGUUCCCUGGAAUCAGUUCAAGACUCCCCUGGGCGCAAGAGAGGAUCUUCUUGCUGUAAUAGAAGUUCUAAUCGGAGAACCAGUUAUCGAAUUUAACUUUAGCCAUUACCGCCGCUUCAAAGAGGACGAGGAAGAAGAAACAUUGAUCACUAUCAAAUGUGUCUAUAUUGAUUUCGAUGGCAAGCAGCUAGGUCCCGUCUCCAAGGUUUUCCGAAUCCCGCGGUUUGAGCGUGAAAAGACUGUCACAUCCCUUGAGGUUUACCCUCUCCAAUUUCACCCAUUCCGGAAAGAAAACACCGACGACGCUACAUCUGAACCUGGCAACGCGUUGAAAAAAUAUCUUGUUAACCGAGGAAGAACAUUCCUCAAGGUGGCUGCUGUACGCCUGGCGACUAUCCAGCCCAUGUACUAUGCUGGGCCCGCCCUGCAAACCCGGGACGAGAUCGAGAGCCAGGUCGUGGUGGACUUUGAAGCUGCUUUUGGGAUAGAGCCUUGGAGGCCUGAGCUUGAGACGUUAAUUGGAUCAGAGAUCAGUGACGAUCCAAAAAUUAAGAGUAGUAAAUGCGACGCGGAUUGCUGCACCCACCAGUUCGUACACGAUGAUUCGUAUGUUGAGACAAAAAGGAACGAAGAGUUUAUGGGUCAUCUACUCCCUGAAACUCGCGAGGACAUGCCCUCGGUGGCCAUCAUCCCUCGACCGCUCGACGCAAAGAUGCCGGAAGCUAGGCUUACCGAAGAUGACCUGGCAAUCAUGUCUUACCGUGUAUUUGGUUUUGUGUUGAGGAAUCGAAAGUGGGCCCAGCUAGAUCUCACUUAUCUUAGUGGGGUUCAACCGUCUAGAGCGAAAGACGAGGGCGAUGGGCAGCCAAGAGAUGGCCCCAAAGAGCCUAAAACAGUGUUUGACCAACUUGUCUUGCCAGGCGGACACAAGGAUAUGAUAUUAUCACUGGUCACACAGCAUUUUCGUGACAAGGAAUCGAGUCGUAACGAUCAAGUAGAUAUAGUUCGUGGUAAAGGAAAGGGACUGAUCCUGUUACUCCAUGGAGCACCUGGUGUCGGGAAAACGACGACAGCUGAGGGAGUGGCGGAAAAUUUCAAAAAGCCCCUAUUCCAGCUCACCUGUGGGGAUCUUGGAACUACAGCAAAGGACGUCGAAUCCGCGUUAGAACAAAACUUCGCACUUGCUAGCCGUUGGGGCUGUAUCCUGCUCCUCGAUGAAGCAGAUGUUUUCCUUGCACAGAGGACAAAAGAGGAUUUCCAGAGAAAUGGACUUGUAGCUGUAUUCCUGAGGGUUCUUGAAUAUUACGCUGGCAUCCUAUUUCUUACUACUAACCGAGUCGGUGAUUUUGACGAAGCAUUUGCGUCCCGCAUCCAUAUUAGCCUAUACUAUCCCGAAUUAGGCCGGAAAGAAACUUUAGAAGUCUUUAAACUUAACUUACAACUCAUCCGAGACCGCUUCAAAGGCAAACCCCGCAAGUUUAUCCCUGAUGAGAUGGAAAUCGGAGCGUUUGCCCAAGAGUACUGGGAUCAGAACCCCUUAGACCACUGGAAUGGGCGACAAAUCCGUAACGCAUGCCAGACGGCUUUGGCUUUGGCAGAAUACGAGGCCCAAGGCAAAAACCACAUGGUUGUCCUAAACCCGCAUGCAGAGGUCCGCCUUAACGUAUCGCAUUUCAAAACGGUUUCCGACGCUUACCUGGCAUUUUCAAAGCAUCUCAAGGAUAUUUAUGGGACUCACGCCGCGCGACGGGCAAAGGAGGCAGGCCUCCGAGCCAUGUGGGUUAAUGAGAAGGGAGAGCUCAUGGGUAACGUUGGGCCGAGGGAGGCAGGCAUCCUUAAAUCGGACAGAAAAUCGCGGUUCAAGUACAAGUCACACGGUAGACACGGUGCCAGCAGUUAUGAGCAGCAACAGGUGGCUUUUCCCAGUGGUCACACUCCGCCAUAUCAAGGUGGACAAGGAAGUAUGCAGAGCGGCGAGCAGGGGUACAGGAGUUCUCCUCUACCCGCACAACCCCGCCCAAUGAGGCCAACUGAGUAUUACGAUGAUGUUUCCAUAUCUCAGCAAUAUAACAACCUGGAUCUGCAACAGCAGCGGCGAAUGGUGGCACCACGACCUCCUCAGGGACAGAAUUGGGACGAUUAUGGCCCCGGGUAUGAUUAUGAGCAACAGCAACUCCAGGCAAGAGGACGUGGAACUUAUACACAGCAGCGCACUCACUACGAUGCCCACAAUCCAAGACUAUCAAGGGGGGACUUUUCGCAGCCCUCGCAAACUAGCCGACUACCUCCGGGUGAUCGCACACCCGACUACGACGAGCCCAGACAUGAAGAGGACGUGAAUAGGGCUCAAUACUCAAGUUAGGCAAACGAGUUUAACGAGUGAUAUAAACCGCGCCCUUCGUUGACAGCCUGACAUAGUGUUAGGAUGCUGGAUUAGGCAUGUAAAAUAAAGGAUACCUCCAGCACGUAUAGCCAUAGGCUCCCAUGGUUAGCUUAGAGUCAUUAUAAGAAAGUAAUCAUUCUCCGGUAUGCAUUCGGCGAUUACUCUCCAAAUAUAAACCUUUAGGAACAACAACACUGAGGCAGGAGUCUUCAAGGAUUAUUAGGAAAGCAAAAUCGUGUAUUUGCCAACCCCUAUUAAAAAUUAACGUCACCAUAUGGCAUGAAGUAAGUGGGCUACACCAUAUCGAUGAUUAUACGACUCACCGAUCAACAUAUGACAGUAUUGAUAUCAGCUUCAGCGAGAUAUACCAUGUAGUAAUAGCGCCAAGCCUAACAAUAAACGAACUUAAGGCAUCCGUCCGCCUAGCUCGGAACCUUUAU